ACCCCAGGGCAUCCGGAGCAGGUCGGCGGCGGCAGGAGGGCUCUCUUAGGCUUGCAUGCCUGCACCCAAUCUUCUUUCUGACCUUCCUAGACCAUGGCGAAGUUACUCACCCUCACCGUCCUGGGGCUGGGACUGGCACUCUUCCGGGACCACCGGUCUUCUUACCAAACCCGAAUGAAUGCUGUCCGAGAAGUAACACCAGUGGAACUUCCCAACUGUAAUUUCGUUAAAGGAAUUGAAAAUGGCUCAGAAGACUUGGAGAUACUGCCUAACGGUCUGGCUUUCAUUAGUUCUGGAUUAAAAUAUCCUGGACUAAAGGAUUUUGAACCUGCUAAUCCUGGAAAAAUACUUCUGAUGGACCUGAAUGAAAAAGGUCUAACAGUGUUGGAAUUGGAGAUCACUGGAAGUAAAUUUGAUUUAUCUUCAUUUAACCCUCAUGGGAUCAGCACAUUCACAGAUGAAGAUAAUACUGUAUACCUGCUGGUGGUGAACCAUCCAGACGGCAAGACCACAGUAGAAUUGUUUAAAUUUCAAGAAGAGGAAAAAUCACUUUUGCAUCUAAAAACCAUCAGACACAAACUUCUGCCUAAUUUGAAUGAUAUUGUCGCGGUGGGACCUGAGCAGUUUUAUGGCACAAAUGAUCACUAUUUUGUUCACCCCUACUUACGAUCCUGGGAGUUGUAUUUGGGUUUAUCGUGGUCAUAUGUUGUUUACUAUUCUCCAAAUGAAGUUCGAGUGGUGGCAGAAGGAUUCGAUUUUGCUAACGGAAUCAGCCUUUCACCUGAUGGCAAGUAUGUCUAUAUAGCUGAAUUGCUGGCUCAUAAGAUUCAUGUGUAUGAAAAGCAUGCUAAUUGGACUUUAACUCCAUUGAAGUCCCUUGAUUUUAACACACUGGUGGAUAAUAUAUCCGUGGAUCCUGUGACAGGGGACCUUUGGGUUGGAUGCCAUCCCAAUGGCAUGCGAAUCUUCUACAACGAUCCCGAGAAUCCUCCUGCAUCUGAGGUACUUCGAAUCCAGAACAUUUUAACAGAGGAACCCAAAGUGACAUUGGUUUACGCCGAAAAUGGCACAGUGUUGCAGGGCAGUACAGUGGCCUCUGUGUACAAAGGGAGAUUGCUGAUUGGCACUGUGUUCCACAAAGCUCUCUGUUGUGAGCUCUGACAGGCCGGUUUGCACCCAGACCAUGGAAACUCUGAGCCCCUCAUCCCAACCGCCUUGCCACAUUUUAAAUUGUUUAGUGAUAGCUGAACAAUGAGCGUGGAGCCCAAAUUUGGACAUCAUGAAACAUCAAAGCACUGUUUAACAGGCUUUUUUGAAGAAUGUGAUAGCAAAUCAGUCUUGGAAUACUUGAAAGCGUCACUUACCAAUAAAAAUUCUUCUCAUUAAAA